AAAGUUUCCAACCCUCCUCCUCGCAUGAAUUGUCUCUGCUCUCCUCAGCUCGCUGUCGGAGACGGCUGUGUCCCCGGUUGACUGGCAGAUGCUUACUUAUAUCACUGAUGCCCACGCCGGCAUCAGCAUGCCUCGCCGGUUCGCAAGUGAUUCGCCUACCCCGACAUGGUAUUUCACCGUGGAUCCUAUGACACAACUGGAAUCCCGAAGCCACCGCCGAAACCCAAGCCCCAAUGAAGACGUCCUUGAUCAUUGCUCUUGCGAUCAUGUGCCCCGUGGCAGUUGCGCUCAUUCCGGUGAGCUUUUUUUUCUGGCGUCGACGCCAUUCUUCUCAGUCUGAUGACACAGAUGAAGAGCAAGGGGGCACGAGCUCAGAGACCAUCGUUCUCUCAGAUGCGAACCGCGAACCUCCUGGCCCUAUUUCUGUCGCAAUUAUUGGUUCUCCGAUUGAUGCCGAAAAUUGGCUGGAGACCAAUAAAGCCCAACUCACUCCCGACUUCCAUUUCGACCACAUCGACGAGUCCGACAUCGCUUCCGACUCGGAUUUCAAAACACUCAACCAGUCGGGGAUUCUGGCUUACGUCGUGUUUCCAAGUUUGAGUCGCGGAUGCAUCAAGAACUUGAGCGUCUCGUCAAAGCUCAAGCUCGUGGUUGGGGGGAUUCCCUCCGAGUGGAAGUGCCACUUGAGUUUCACGGAUGAUUGGAUGGAGGAGACGAAGGGAGUGAUUUCACAAGCCUCCAUCAAACGGCUGCAAUUACGACAGAAGAACGCUCAUGAAUAAUGUACUCCAGGAAGGGUGUCAGUACCUUGCCUUAUAUUACGUCCAGCACCAUUCAAAUGAUCAAGUCAGGAUUGAUUUGUGGGAAAUGAACACGUGGGAGUGUCCAGUACUUUUGACAGCGCGGCCUUAGCCUCGACCCAGAGACGGGCUUAUUUCCCCGAGCCCCUUGCUUGAGGUGUUCACGGCCCGAACUAAUGCGCAGUCCAGCUCUGUCUCUCUCCCCCUAGCCGUCUUGCAUGCGAGGGAGAUGGGAUGAAUCCAUCUGCAGGGCUGUAGGGUGUGCAGGUAGCUAGUAUGUCUGACCCAGCCUUCACUCUUAGUCUCUUAUCACAACCCUCGACCCACCCACUCCCACCCCCCUCCUUCACGACCCCUUGCGUUGCACGAGAGAAGCGGCUUGGCUGUUCCAGAUAACCCAUGCGAAUCCCACUCAUGCUCUCGGUGCAUGGCCAGCUAAUCACC